AUGAAGUGGCUGCUUGUGGCUUUGGCAUGUCUGGCUCUCUCAGAGGGACUUGUCCGUGUUCCUCUGAAGAAGUUCAAGUCCAUUCGUCAGGAGAUGAAGGAGAAGGGUCUCCUCAAGCCCAUCCACUACACUGACCCCGGUCUCAAGUACUCCCAGACUCUGUACCCGAAUGGCCCCUAUGCCUAUGCUGUCAAUGAGCCUCUUGUCAACUAUGCAGAUUUGUUCUACUAUGGAGUAAUCUCUAUUGGAACUCCACCGCAGUCCUUCUAUGUCUUGUUUGACACAGGAUCGUCUGUCUUCUGGCUUGCUUCUACCUACUGUAGCAGUGAGGCCUGCACCAACCAUCCACUCUUCAACCCCAGCAAGUCAUCCACUUACUACUCCAGGGGCCGCACCUUCUAUCAGGGUUAUGGCACUGGCAGCCUAACAGGAGUGUUUGGUUUCGACACCCUACAUAUCGAAGGUCUCUCUAUCCCCAACCAGGGAGUAGGACUGAGCAUCACCGAACCUGGCAAUACAUUUGUCCAUGCUAAUUUUGAAGGCAUCUUGGGCCUGGCUUACCCUAGUAUGGCUGAUGGACAGAUCCCCGUUAUGGAUACCAUGAUGCAGGACAACCUGCUCCCAGCAAACGUAUUUGCCUUCUACAUUAGCAAGAAUUUUGAGGAUGGCAGUGAGGUAACUUUUGGUGGUGUUGACCAGAGCCGAUACACUGGUCAAAUCUACUGGGCACCAGUCACUGAACAGUUGUACUGGCAGAUUGCUAUCAAUGGCUUCCAGAUCAAUAAACAGGAGACUGGUUGGUGCAGAGAUGGAUGCCAAGCAAUUGUGGACACUGGCACUUCCCUGCUCACCUGCCCCCAGCAGUACUUGGGCUAUCUGCAGCAGUACAUUGGCGCUCAGGCUAACCAGUACGGAGAGUACAUGAUCAACUGCAACAAUCUGAACAACAUGCCAACCCUCAGUUUCACUAUCAAUGGCGUGAACUUCCCUCUGCCACCCUCUGCCUACACUAUGGUGCACAAUGAAAAUGGACAAUACUACUGCACAAGUGGAAUCAUGGGCACCUACUUGCCAUCCCGGAAUGGCCAGCCUCUGUGGAUCCUGGGUGAUGUCUUCCUGAGGGAGUACUACACAGUUUAUGACAGGCAGAACAACCAAGUUGGGUUUGCCCUGGCAGCCUAAAUCACAUUCUGUUUCCUGCUCCCACACACUAAGGACCACCAAUACAAAGAGAAGACACAAUGACGAGAGCUACAGCUUCCUGAGUAUUCAUGACACAAAGGGCUUAAUAAUUUAUCAACUGCAGCUA